GUUCAAUAGAUUCGCCGGCAUUUUCAAGUUUCCUUCAAAGAAAUUUAGAGUUUCUGUUAGUUUCACCUAUUUCCUAACGGAGUAAUUUUCAUUUAUUUCAGUCGUGAGGUAGGUAUAAACUUCUAUUUCUUUGUCGUAACUGGUAUAAAUUUUAGAUACGAAUACUUGUCAGUGUGGUCAAUGCAAGUGUUUCGUUUGGAGACUAUUGUAGCUUACUUUGACAUUUAAUUUUUUCGUUCCUUGUGUGCCGAAAAACCCGGUUGAUUAUGAGAUGCUCAAUAUGCAUCCAUCUAACACUACUCAGAAAUUAUAAUACACAUUUUCGUAACCUAUAGUAAUACAAAACGUGAUGCUGCAAUCUCGUGGAGUUUGUACUCGUGUACAUGCACUGCAAAUGAUGACAUAUCUCAAAGAAGUCCCUUGAAAGCAGAUUUAUUUACGUUUGUUAAAUACUAAGUUUAAAAUCAGCACUGAAUUUUUUCUGUCCGAAAAAAAAAAAAAAGAAUUAGUGUCAUAUUUGGAUGGCAUACUCGUACUCAGGGGAAAAAAACCAGACCUUGUGUCAACUAAAUAUUGUCAAGGUGGCCUGCAAGCACUGUUAGCUUGUCAACUGCAGAACUGUGGUUUAAAUGGGUACCACCAGUUUGCGUUUUGCAUACUGAGGGUUUGAGCUCUGGUGCCAUAUGAGCCUUUUGGCUUACUUAGUGCAGCUGUUAUCAACCAUUUCACCCUCAAGAGUGAUUAGAGAGGAAUUCUCUUGAUAUUAUCAAUACAUUUGCAAGCAAACAAGUGAUGAGAAGCAAGAAGAAUAUCAACUGAGGGAUACUUUUUGAUUUAUUCUGGUAAUUGAACUGAGUGGAGUGCAAUUUGGUGUGCAAGUUUAAUUCUAAAUCACAUGAUCUCAGACUGAAAUUGUAGAACAUAAAAUUUAAUUACCACUUCAUUACUUCCUUUUUAAAAUUGCAAAAAUCAUUCAUUUAAAUAAAAGAUUUCUCAGUCUGUAUGAAUAUCUUAUUGAUCCUAUACUAAGCUAGUUUGUAAAUAGUUGCAAAAGUUGUUUUCACUUUCCAACAAUUUGAUUGAUUACUUCUGUUUUGUGUUUUUUUUUCCCUCAUGGAGCAGUUGUGGACAACUCCAGUCAUCAACCAAUAAUGUUAAUUAGAAAGCCAGGAACAGUGUUAUUUAUAGCUGCUGUGGCUCUUUCCUUCUUUGUCUCUUCAUCAGGUGAGAAAUUGAACAUAUGUAAAAUUAGAAAAAUGAACUUUCAGCCUGUAAUUUUUCUGCCAGGAAUAUAGACAUCGUUUUGAAGUAGGCAGUUGCUGUAAUUUCCAGCCGUUUACCUGCGGGUAAUCUGUUGAUUUUGCAUUAAACGCGUGCCACUGCGGGUAAUAGGGAGGUGCGGGUUAUGUGACAAUUUUAAAAUUUACUGGUGGUUGAAUUGAAAAAAAUUCUCACCUACAUGCGUUUCCACCUCUCAAAUGAAUUUUACUGUAGUAAGAGUGUCACAAAGCGGCAUGAAAACAUGAUGCUGACUCAAGUUUAUUUCAUGCAAAAAUGGUUGCAUGACAAACAAAUUUUUAUUGGCAUGUGUGAAAACAAAACUUUGAUGGUGACAAAAAUAAUCCAAAGAUAUCUGGUGCAUCAAUGAAAAAUCUCCAUUUAACACCAACUUGAGCUGAAGAGAAUUGUUCUGUUUUAAGGGACUUGUUAGGCCCAAUAGAACCGGAGACAUCUAUUUUUUUCAGAAAUCGCCAAGAGUGCUUUAUAAUUCAAGUUUUAACACUCACCCAGCUUCUUUCAACAAAUCAACAUGGCGCUGAACAAUCACUUGCACAAAAUGUGGCCUCAAAUUUGCAUUCUGUCAAGUAUGAAACCUUGAGAUUUGGGCAUGGGCUGCUAGUGUUUAUACUGUAUAAUUUCAUCAAUAAAGUACAUGCUAAUAUUGACACAGAAUUGUGUACAGGUCUGAAUUUCUUUGACCUUUAAACUCAACAAAGAAGCUUUCAAGUUUUUGAAAGUUAGAUCAGACAACUUUUAAAAGACUGAAAUGUAUCACCUUAAUGUCACAUUUUUGCCACCAAAAAGUUUAAUAACAUAAUGUGCAGGUUAUUCACCAGUGCAGGUAAUCUGUUGACUUUUUUUUUUUUCGCCGUAUGCAAUAAUUGGCUGGUGCGGGUAAUCGGCUGUGCUGGUAAAUGGCCGGAAAUUAUGGUAAUAAGCUUUAGCUCCGAAAAGAAAAAGAUCCUUGGUACAAAUGUCAAAAAUUUUAUGACAGACAGAGUGGGCAAGUGGUUAAGGCACUGGUCUUGUAAUCCAGUGGUCCCUCUUUCAAGCCCUCCACCCUGCUACUCACUGCAUUUUUUUUUUUUCAGUGACCCUGAAUUCAACUUCUCUGAUGGUCUUUGUAUAUAGCCAACUAAUUUGACUCCUGUCACUUGGGACUCUUAAACAUUAUUUAUAUAUCUAUUUACUAUGUUUAUUUCCAAUUUAAUGGAAUUAAUUAUUUCUAAGUUUGUAAAAGCAGUUGAGACUUGUGAAAUAUGUUCUAGUACUGUUUUUGUUAUUAUUAUUAUUAUUAUUAUAUUAUUAUUAGAGCUAUGUGAUUGUCUUGUUUGUUUACAGAAAGUGUCUAUCCGUUCAAAAAAACAUCAGUCUGGUAAUGAAUAAAUUGAACACUUGUAAUAGGUGAUGUUCAAUCUUAAGGUUGGUGUGAUUUUUACUUAUGAUCUAAAUUUAUAGUUUGUUUGUUGUUUCUCUUGUUAACAGAUGGCUUAGCGGUGAUGUCAGUGGAUCUAGGUAGCCAGUUUAUGAAAGUAGCCAUAGUGAAGGUAUGUUUUACCUUUUCAUUUCCAAGAUUUUAAAGCUAAUUCUCCCAACAAGUAAACAUACAUUUCUUUAAUGGGUCUUGAUGAGAAUUUAAAGUCAUGUCAAUUUGAAAGUUUUCUAUAUUCUUGCCACUUAUCUGCUUGACAGAUAAGUAUUAUGAUUACAAAGAUAAUGUAUCACUCCUGUGAGAGUGUGUCAACACUUUGACCUUAAGAGUGACAAGCAUCUAAUUUCUCCUCACAAUACCACUCCUGGGUUAAACAUUAAGAUCACAAGAAUAAAAGAAAUGAUUACCAGCUAAAGAAUCUCUUGAUUGUUAAACAAAUUCUCCUUGUCAGCACCUUAGGAAAUGUAUAGAGAGCAUUAUAGAGAAUACACAUAAUUAUGUGAGGGUGUAAAGGGUUAAGGGUUGAUUAGUGACUUAGUUAACCCUUUAACUCCCAUGAGUGACCAAGAUAGAAUUUCUCCUUACAAUAACAAUACAAUAUCAACCAGAUAAGUGAUGAGAAUAAAGACAAAUAUCAAUUUGGGGAUAAUUAGUUGAUCCAAUACUAAACUCUCUGAACUAACAAUGUAAGAAUUGUAUGGUUGGCAGUAAGGAGAAUUACAAAUUUGAUGUGGGAGUUAAGGGGUUAAUUUUUGUCACAGCAAUUUCGCAAACAAGGUUUAUUGCUUUUGAGGUGUGGAGUUGGUUUCUGUUGAUCUGCUGAGGUAACACACAAUCCAUUGGCAGGGGUUUCAAAAAGUUUUGAAGUAGGUGUCAGACUCUGAAAUAACAGGUGACUGUGAAAAAGGUAAUUAUUUUGUCCAGAGUAACCAGCAACUUCUUAUCCAGUAGCUGGCUUGUUUUGAAACCCCUGCUCUAGAUACAACUGUGUGACUAUGUAGCUUCAGCAAUUUCUGUGUAUUUGCCAAUGUCUAAUUAGAUUAUUAAUUUAUACAUAGUUAAAUUGUGAAAAUAUUUCACUUUUGGUCUGUUUUAGCCUGGUGUACCAAUGGAAAUUGCCUUGAAUACGUAAGUCAUGACUUAAAAUUUCAAUUACAAGAAGUAAAGUUACUUAAUUUGCAGUGUAAAACUUUCAUCUUGCAUCCUUACAUAAAUAAGUUCUUGCCCUGGUCACAGCAUAAAUCACAGCAUAAUUUUGAGGGGUGGAGUUGAAAUCGUUUCUUUCUUCAGAUCAAGAUAUCUCUUUUGUUAUCUCGGAUUCUCUCCUUUCAAUUGUGAUUAUUUACUUCAACUGGUUUUUAGCUAUGACAGAUCAAAAACUAAAUCAAAACUAUAACAAAGUUCUUGAAUUUGAUUGGUUCUUUACAGCCCAAUUUGAGAACUUAUUGGGCAGUAUUCAUUUCAUGUCUGUGUAACUGGAGGGUAUGCGUCAUGUGCAUGUGCUGUUGUUGUGCAUUUCAAGGAGUUCACUGUUGUUUUUUAUGAAAACAUAGAACCGAUGGCUAGUUUGUUUCUCAUAUUUUGUCGUAGUUUUGGUUAAUUGGAAUUAACAGAACUUUGUGUCAUCCAAGUCUGUCUCUAAUUGUACUUAUAAUUGACAAAUCGGAUUCCCACGUCACAGUUAUCCAAUUUUGUUUAUCACUUUUAUGAUUUCAGACCUAAUUGGAUUCCAUUCAGUCCUGUCACCAUUACAAAACACAUUAACUACAAAUUUCUUUUUUAUUUUCUGUUUUAAUAAUGGACUGUGGAUUUAUUUCUACUCUAAGGGAGUCGAGACGGAAAACACCAGUAGCUGUUUCUCUAAGAGACAAUGAACGAUUAUUCAGUGACAGUGCUCUAACCACGGUAUGUUUGAAAAUUCUUGUGAGAGUUACUUUCUUUGUGUCUGAGAGUCGUUACAUCCAGACACAUUUGAAGGCUUACUCUUGGCCUUGUAUUGGUAAAGUUUAGGCACAAUCUUCAUAUGUAAAAAGCAUUUGAAAAGCCUUUGAAAAUUUAAAUAUUUCCAGUACAUUGUUUUCACAUACUUUUUCAAAUGGUUCUUGAAGCUUACAUGCCAAAAAUGAAUACAUGCAUUGGCUCUAGAGUCUUGGCAGCAGAUUGUAAAUCCAGACUCCAAUCCCUAUAGCAAGCCUACAUGUAGGGCUUGAGUGAAAGUUACCCUAAUAAAACAUUCUAUUUUCACUUAUGAUUGUGAUUACAGUCAGUCAAGUAUCCAAAGAGUUCU